AUAGUUCUUCAAAUAGCUAAAGACAAUAAUAAUGUUAAUUUUUACAAAGUAUAUUGAUCAGUAGACAACAAAAGAUGGUAGGCAAUCAAACAUUAAAUUCAUACACAUGGAGAAGAAAUAGCAGAAUUAAUAUGAAUGAAAACACACAUCUAUAAAUCCAUUCAAACAAGUUUAUAAAGAGAUCUAUCAAUCCUCAAUCACAUAAUAGAUUUUGCUAAAAAUGGAACUUACUUGGUUAUGGCUUACGGUCGUCGCCAUUUUGGCUGGUUCUUUGGCUUCGUUGGCUACGAGGAGGAAGAAGCUGCUGUCUCCAGGUCCAAAAGGGAUCCCUAUUCUGGGAAAUCUACGCAUGCUGGGGAAGAAUCCUCACCACGAUCUGCAAAGGAUUGCCAAAGACCACGGCCCCAUUAUGUACAUGCGAUUUGGGUUCGCUCCAACCAUCGUUGUCUCAUCUCCUGAGGCAGCUGAGCUUUUCCUCAAGAUGCAUGACCUUGUUUUCGCCAGCAGACCACCUCAGCAGGGUUUUAAGUAUCUCUCAUGGGAUCAGAGGAAUCUGGCAUUCGGGGCUUAUGGUCUGUAUUGGCGCAACAUGCGCAAGCUAUGCACCUUGGAGCUGCUCAGCACCCUUAAGAUCAGUUCUUUCCGACCUAUGAGAAGGGAAGAGAUUGGUCUUUUUGUUGAAUCCCUCAAGGAAGCAUCCAGACUACACAGUGCUGUUGAUCUUAGUGCCAAGGUCGCGUCCCUGACUGCGGAUAUGAGCUGCAGAAUGGUGUUAGGUAAGAAAUAUAAUGACAAAGACAUAGAUGAGAGAGUAUUCAAAGCUGUGAUCCAAGAAGUGACGAAACUAAUAGCAGUUCCCAAUUUGGGCGAUUACUUUCCGUUCCUUGGAGUCUUGGAUCUGCAAGGGCUGACAAGGAAGAUGAAGGCAAUCACAAAAGUUUUUGAUGAUUUCUUUGAGAAAGUUAUAGAAGACCAUGUUCGAGCGGUGAAUCAUCCAGAGCAGGCCAAAGACAUUGUUGAUACCAUGAUGUCUAUAAUGCAAAGUGGAGAAUGUGAAUUUCAGUUUGACCGGCUUCAUGUCAAGGCCAUUAUGCUGGAUUUGCUCGCAGGUUCAAUGGACACAGCAGCAACAUCAGUGGAGGGAAUACUCUCCGAACUGUUGAGAAAUCCAACAGUUAUGAAGAAAUUACAGAAAGAGUUGGAACAAGUUGUGGGAUUGAAGAGGAUGGUUGAGGAGUCUGACCUAGACCAACUCGAAUAUCUCGACAUGGUUGUAAAGGAAAGCUUUAGGUUGCAUCCAGUUGCUCCGCUGUUGAUUCCUCACUAUGCUAGGGAAGACAGCAAGAUCAAUGGCUAUGACAUACCAAAAGAUUCAAGAAUAAUCGUCAAUGCAUAUGCAAUCGGACGUGAUCCAAAUGUAUGGACUGAUCCAGAGACGUUCAUUCCAGAGAGGUUCACCAGCAGUGACAUUGACGUUAAGGGACAGCAUUUCCAGCUCCUCCCAUUUGGGUCUGGGAGGAGAGGUUGCGCCGGAAUCAAACUGGGGUUCAUCCAAGUUCGACUGAUUGUGACACAGUUAGUCCAUUGCUUCGAUUGGCAGCUGCCGAAUGAGAUGUCGCCAGAGAAACUGGACAUGAAUGAGGAAUUUGGCCUUGUUGUGUCAAGGGCCAAUCGUCUCAUGGCAAUCCCCACGUUUCGGUUGCAGAACUAGUAUUUGAAGCAAACUUGUAAAAAUCUGCUUCCUGAAAACAAUCUAAAGUAAAGUAAGACAAGCUAAAUAAGUACUCACACCCAGGCUAUGAGAUAUCAAAAUUAUUUCAAGGUCAAGUUCAAUUAUUUUUUCAGCUGAAAUAUGAAAUCAUGCAUUUGAACAAUACAUGCAUUCUUCUUUAACUCUGUUACAAGCAUUGUAUCCCAAUCAUGUACAAACAUAAUUUAGAGCAAGAUUAUAACA